AUGUUCCAACUUUUGGUUAUUGCUGCUACCAUCGGAGUAUCCAUUCAACAGAAUUUGGGAUGUAACUCUGCUCCAUUGCCAGAUCUCAACGGGUCGUGUCCUCCAGGAACCACUCUUAUCACUGGACAAGGAUGUUGUCCAGAUGGAGACCUUUUUACCAUCACCUCAACGUCUACUGCUGCUGCCGCUAUUACUACCACCAGAACCUCCGUCACCUCAACCACCUGUGUCGACUUGACGAAUCCAUCGACUGGAACUAGUGAUUGCGCUAGAAUGUCUGGUUAUUGUUUCAACUCAGUCUACCUCUCCUUGAUGAGACAACAAUGUCCACGAACAUGCGGAUACUGUACCGGAACUGCUACCACAACCAGAUCCAGCACCACUUGCGUCGACUUGACAAACCCAUCAACUGGGGUCAGUGAUUGCACAAGAAUGGCUAGUUACUGUAACGUUGCUGCCUACGUUACUCUGAUGAGACAGCAGUGCCCAAGAACCUGCGGUUACUGCUCCGGAGCAUCAGUCACAACUACUCGCACCACUACGACAUGUGUUGAUCUAACAAACGCAUCUACUGGAGUCAGUGAUUGUCCAAGAAUGGCUAGCUACUGUAACGUUGCUGCCUAUGUUACUCUUAUGAGACAACAGUGCCCAAGAACUUGUGGAUAUUGCACAUCCGGAUAA